AUGAAGCCUAUAAAAUGUAAAGAUGAUGAUGAUCGAUGGUAUGUCGUGAUAAUGGAGGGCGGUGCACAUUUCUACUACGAUCGUACUACAGGAUCAAGAUACUGGCAACUAGGAGAAAUAAAUGGCAAUGAGAAUUUAACUGUAGAUUUCGAUCGAGUAAGUAUGCUAAUGGGUAUGGCACGAGGGUUGAAAUGGGAUGUACAAGAUCGAAUGGUUGAACCAGACACUGAUGUCCCGGGGUUAGUACAUGACGAUGAUACUGGUGGUGAAGAAAGUAAUCACGAUAAUGAAAGUACCGAUGCUGUUGAUAAUGACGAUGUCAUCGAUAACGAGGAUAAUCUCCAGGAUAACAACCAGUUGAUAAUGAACUUGCUCAAACUGGAGGGGUAUAUUGAGGAAGACCAAAAAGAAUCAGGAGCUACAUUGGUUGAAGGGUACUCCAGCAGUGAAGAGGUAAGUGAAGAUGAAAGCAAAAGGGGGGGAAGCGAGGGUUUAGACCACGAUUCUUCUGACAAUGAUGACAAUAAAGAUGGCGGUGGCACCGAAUCUUUCCUCUCGCUAUUGGAUGAGUUCAAGGAAGAGAUCGACAUGUUUUCAACUUGGACAAUAGUGGAAGGAGAUCUACUUACUACGUGGGUCACACGUCCGGAAUACUAUGCAAUAUCUGAUCCGCAACAAAAGGAGGCGUUAUUCAAUGAAUGGGUAAAGACACAGACACAGAAAAAAACAAAGACAAAGAUAAUCCCACACGCAAAGAGGGCUGACGACAAUGGUGGUGGUGAUAUUGAUAAUAAUAAUAUCGAGACCACUCCUUCUAUUGAAGGUGAGGUAAUUAGGGCGACUCCUCGAAUGGAGUAUCUAAGGCUUUUAUUAAGAGAAAAAAGGGAUGUCAAGCGAUUUACAUUUCCUGAAUUCUUCAAUAAGCAUCGACAAGAUGAGUGUGAACUUGAUUUGGGGGAUCAGAAAUCAACAUUCCUCGCCUAUAAAAUAGUACUAAACGAUCAGGAGUCGUUCGAACGGCUUGAAAAGCAUAAGUACCCUAACCAAAAUAUGAAAGUAUUGGCUCUCGAACGUUGGCUCUCGCUAAAGAAUUUACCUCGUACCGAAAAUUUGGCUGGGUAUUCGUUUAAGGCUAAAAGCGCAUACGACCAAUGGCUCGAGUUGGCACAUACCCUCCGAUUGCCGCUAAACCUCUUGGAACACCCGCUUAAUUUCGUUGUAGGGGACGAAAAGCGACUCGACUGCUAUAUCGGCGUGGUUUCAAACUACAACGAAGAUUGUAAAUAA